UGUCAAGCACGCCAAACCGAGAGCGUCGCGCGUUUGUUUACAUCCCACAGAGCAACAGGAAGCGGCGCAGUGCCCGUAAUUGUCGGUUGUUUGUAAUAGUAAUUGAUGCAUUAGCUAGGAAUAUUUCAAUCGUUGAAAAGUAUAAGCGUUUAGUUCAACCAAUCCCCCCAUGAGUUCGUUCACCAGCACACCGCUCCGUAAAUCGGACGCGUCGCGUCUGUUCCGCACACCGCAGUCUGUUGUUGUCCGGGAGGCCGCAAACGACGAUGAAGCCGAACGAAGAAGCAGACGUUCGGAGGUUACGCUCAACGAUUCCACAAGCGCCGUGGAGGAAAAUGAAAACAUUAAGAUGUGUUUGAAGCUGUACUCGGACAAUAAAAUGAGCAAAGAAAAUGCCUGGUCGCUCACGAUCAUCGACAGCUUCGCGACGCUCAUGUCCCGGCAUUCGAAAUCGCUGCAGAACUUCCAGGUAGCCGGUUCCACGCUGGAAGCAUCGACCAAGGUGUACGGGCUGCGGGUCGACUCCGUGCACACGGACGUCAUGCGCAUGUGCUCGGAGCUGACGCGUCAAACGGCGCGCGCCAUGAACAACAAUGCCGCCGACCAGGACGACGAGGAGGCGGGAGGCGAAGGCAAUGCGGGCGACCAGUCGAUGGCCGAGGGUGGCGAAGGGGGCGGCAACAAGGAGAACGAGCAGACCGUCACCCAGCAGCCGAAGGCGAGGAAGAAGCGCACCCGCAAGGUGGUCAGCACGAUCACGAAAUCGAAAGACUCGAUCAACGGUCCGCUGGACACGAACCCGUUCAUGGAUCCGUUCUUCGCCAAGCUGAACUCGGUCGUCGGUGACGUGAACAGCUCGAGCCGGUUGAUGCAGAACAUCGUGCCGACGAAGCAGUCGGAGCUGCGGCUCGGCAUGGACUACGCGUUCUGGGAUCCGGCGCCAUCGCCCGAGCUCGAUCUGGACGGCGUGCCGGAAGCGUACGAGGGGCUGGAAUGCAGCACGAUGCGCUUUUUGCCCCUCGGGCCGAACAAUCUGCUGCGCACGCUACGGUCCGGCUACCUCAUCACGGAUGCACCGGCCGAGGCUGACGAGGACGAGGAGGACGCCCGCACCAACCGGACCUCGCUCGACGCGCACAUGGACGAUGUGGAGGCACGCGAUCACAGCGCAGCGCUGCUGAACCGGUCCGCGCUGGACGUACACUUUGACAUCAACGCGGAGGUGGAACCGGUACCGUCCGGUGACGCGUUCAUACUUGACUACGAUGCGAAGGACAUCGACGGCAACGACGACUUUGCGGAGGAUGACGAGCUGGCGCUGGAACAGUGCAAGGGGCUGAUGCGCAAAACGGUGGUGAUCGAGGAUAUGCGGCCGCUCGAUACGACCAGCUCGCAUCUGGAGUACUCGUACCGGCCGCUCGACAACAUUUCGCAAUUUUGGGCCGGUCCGGCGCACUGGAAGUUCAAGCGCUCGAUGCGACCCCGUUCGACGAUGGCCCCGCCGCCAAGCGAUACGGCCUCGCAAACGUCAUCGACCACGGCGAAGGGACGAGCGGUGGGACGGCGUAAGAAAACGUUCGAACCGGACACGCUGGACGAUGUGCUGAGCGUGACGGAGACUCUGUUCCAGGAGUACAACCCCAACCGGCCGAUCAGGGGCAUCACGCAUCUGAAGAGUUUGGUGUGCAAGAAGUGGGAGUCGAAAAAGCUGAAGCUGCCCACCGAUUACAAGAUCGAUCCGAAGCGGUUCGAUCUGUACAAGUACGCCCGGGGGCUGAGCAUGCCGGACUACGGGGCCCCGAACCACGCACCGUCGGAGGAGUACAACUGUGACGGUGGAGACGAUCAGAUUUCCUGCAGCAAUGACACGAACGAUGGCGGUGAUAAUGACAUGAUGAUGAACCAUGACGAUGGUGGCUUUAGCCAGAUGGACCACGACAACGGUGGGCCGGCGGAGGAGCAGCACGAAAAGGACAAAACGAUGAAUGCGACCGUCGGGCUCGAGGCAAUCUCUACCGAGUUCCUGGGUGCACCGGAUAAGGUCCACAAGAUCAACAUAGCGUACGCCAAGACGGCCAAGGUGAUCGACAUGAAGCAACUGAAGUACAACUGCUGGCGGGUGAUCAGCUCGCACGUGCAGGCGGAGGUAGGACCGCCGCCGACCCAGCAACCAGCAGCCUCCCAGCAACCGGACGUCACGAUGCCCCCGCCAACCCAGCCCGAGGAGACGAGAAUCACCUUCAGCGCGCUCUACCGGAAGGUGCCCCAGCUGCUCAGCAAAACGAUGAGCGAAAACAUCUCCAAAUCGCUCGCCUUCUACGCCGUGCUGCAUUUAGCGAACGAAAAGUCACUGCUGCUGGGCAGGCAGGAAGAUUUGAACGAUUUUACCAUACGAAAGGAGGACGACGGGGAUGCCGACUGAGG